AUGUGGUGUUCGUUAAGUCCCCUUAGCUCGUUUAUCACGCCAAGAGCCAUUGCUAAUGCUGGGUUUUCCUUACGGUCUACGGUUGCGGAUAUGGUUGAUCAGAAUGGUAAUUGGAGAUGGCCUCAGGCUUGGCUAGAUCUUUUUCCAGUGUUAAUUACAAUAUCGGUUCCUUUUAUGGUGCCUAAUGCUAUGGAUAGAUUGGUUUGGAAAAACUUGGAGGGGAAGACAUGUGAUUUUCAGUCGGCAGUAGUUUGGGACACAAUUCGGAAACGUGAAAAUCAGGUGGUAUGGGCUGAUAUGGUUUGGUAUUCUCAAUGCAUUCCGCGACAUUCGUUUCAUUUAUGGCUGGCUUUUAGAAACAAACUAAAGACGCAGGAUAGAUUGGCAGUGUGGGAAGCGGGUAGUCACACCAAUUGGAAUUUAAUGUGUUGUCCGUUGUGUAAUUUUGAUCGCGACAGUCGGGACCAUUUAUUUUUCAGAUGUGCUUUUGCGGCUCAUACAUGGAACGAGGUCAAGAAAUUGGUUAACUUGGGCAAUGUUGACGAUACGUGGUACUCGGUUUUAUCUUGGGUGGAGCAACAUGCUAAAUCCAAGAAUGUGGAUCAUAUUGUGUGCAAGUUAUUAAUUGCUCAGCUUCUUCGUACUAUAUAUGGCAAGAGAGAAACAACAGGCUCUUCAAGAAUAGCAAGAGAACGGUAG